GAUCCAAAACGUAGUAGUAAAUGAAAUUCUAAGUCAUGAGCGAGACAGAAUUACCACAAGAUCCAACCCAACUUCAAGUUCUCGCUCGCCAGCAGGCGAAAGAAUUGAAAGAGCUUCGAGAACAAUUGAAUGCUAGUCAUACAGAGAAAAUUUCGGAUCGCGCUAAAGCUCUGCAGCAAGUUGAACAAAGUGAAAAAAGCAUUACCAAAUCCCUUCAAGAACAAUUGAAUUAUGCCAGACAAGAGAAGGCAAACUUGGAAGCAUCGAUGGAAGCUCGCGCUAAAUCAUUUCAGAGUACUUUGUCUAAAUUACAAAUUAAUCAAUGUGAAGUCAGUUCAGAAGUACCGCCUUCACCAAUUCCCACUGAUACACAAAAAUUAGUUUUGGAAUCUGAAGAUCCAAUCGUUUUAAAACAGGAACUUCAAAACGCAUACGAGCGUAUUCGACAACAAGAAUUAGAUAUUAAGAAACUCAAAUUUGAAGUUGAAAUGGAACAAGGCCAUGUCAAUAUUUUAAGACAUGAUAAUCAAAUGUUAAGACGGAUGACAGUCGACAUGCAUGCAUCUGCUGAACAAGAAGAAGAAUACAUUUCAAAUAAAUUACUGAAACGUAUUUCAGGACUUAAGAAAGAGAAAGGUGAGUUACUCCUCCAAGUUGAACAAGAGGAGGAGUAUCUUACCAAUACUUUACAAAAGAAACUGAACCAAUUGCAAAAAGAAAAAAUUGAUAUGGAAAAUGCUCUUGAACAAGAACAAGAGUAUAUUGUCAAUCGACUUCAAAAGCAACUUGAUUCAUUGCGUCAGCAACAGACGUAUCAUCCACAUCAUUCACGCGAGAAUAGCACUUCUUCAACUUCUAAUCCUGGCAAUAUUACUCCUUUGCCACCUGCAUCUCCAUCUUCGACUCACAAAAAGUGGGUAACUGCGCAUUCUUCUUCUCCCACUUCUCCUGAUUUUGGUCUCGCUUCUCCUGGUGUAGUUGAAGUACUGAAAGCAGAAGUUAACACGCUUAGGACUAAAAUUUCAGAGAUGGAAAAAGAAUAUAUUGCGAAAUCCAGUCAAACAACUCGAUUAAAGAAUGAAUUAAUUGAAUUGAGAAAGAAAUCCGGAUUACCAGUAGAAGAUUUAUUGACAGAAGAACCUGUACCCGCUUUUCUAAGGCAUAAUAGCAAUCCGAGAAAUACGCGGAGAUCAAACUCGAAUACGCACAAUUCGACACCAAACCUUGUCCGAGGUCGAUCGGUGUCUGCAGGUGAUGUUAAAUCCGCGCUUCCAAAUGCAGUCAGUUUAGGUUCACAGGUGUCGGCAACUCUCAAUCAAGCACCCAGCAUCGGAAACUCAUCUCAAUCGGAAUCUUUAUCAUCACCAAGUGGUCCUUCCCAGGAUUAAUUAUCUUAAUAAUAAUAUCUAAGUUUUAUAAUUUUUUACUUAGGGAGUUGUUGAUUUUAGUACAUAUUUUCAUGUUUUUUAAAGGAAUCGAAAGGUGAAGAACGAGGUUUAAGAUGAAUUAUAGCAUAGAAUAACAAAAUUACGAUAUCAGCACUUCCUAUCUUAGCAAAAUAAUAGAACAAUUGGUAUAAUUAUUUUUUGCUAAAUGAUCUCUCGAAACAUUCUAAAAAAACAAAAAAAGUUAUUACCAAAUAUAUUCUUUCAAUAUCGUAGAAUUUAAAAUUUUAUAUUGAGAUGGUGAAAAAAAUUCAUCCAUAAAAUAAUAUCAUUUUAAAUGUUUAAAUGUAUAAUUUCAGCUUUUUCUUGUAUUUUAAUAAAGUAUUAUAA